AUGAACGCCCCAGAUAGAUUCGAGCUGUUCCUCCUCGCUGAUGGAGAGGCCAAAGUUACAAUGGAACCUGACACGCGCCAACCCAAUGCUGCAAUUUUCACAUUCAACAAAGAGGACCACACUCUCGGCAAUCUGCUCCGUGCAACACUUCUUCAGAACGAACACGUGAUUUUCUCUGCCUACAAGACUCCCCACCCGCUCUUUCCAAAAUUCGAGCUGCGGAUACAGACAGACGGUGAAACAAGUCCGAAGGAAGCUCUAUUAUCGGCCUGUCAAGGACUUAUCGGGGAUCUUCAGAUGUUGUCCCAAAAACUGACUAGAGAGUGGGAGCUGAAUAAGAUCGCGAGGGAUACCAGCUAG